AUAAAUGUACAAAUUUCGGGUAUAAAUAUUGGUGGACUUGCAAAUCUUUAUGCAGGCUUUGCGAGGCUUUUUGUCAAGGCUCGCCUGAAAGCAGCAUCAGAUUACUAGGUUCGACCUUAUUUGAUACACGAACAACAGUGGUCCGACCGGUUUGACCAACGAAAACGGCCCUAGGUAACCGCACAUGCUGGUCACAUGGAUGUUUGUAUCGAAGGACAUUAAGCGUCUGGAGGAGAUAAACAGGUGCGUAUCGCAAGGUAUCCUGUAGACGUAAAACAAACCAUCAAACAAAAUGGCCUACUAUGGCAAUCCCUACCAGAGUAACUACUAUGGAGGAGGAUUCACCUAUGCUAAUCCAGCCUACCAAGUCAACUCAGGGUUUCCUCCACCCCAACAGAUGAUGAUGAACCCAUUUGCUGGUAUGCCAUGCCAAAUGCAGAUGAUGCCCCCUACCAUACAGACCAACAUCACCAUCAACACAACAUGGAGUACUGAUAACUGUUUCCUCGACCUAGCAGAGGAGGCUGGACUGGCCGAUGAGGACGAUGAAGAAGAUGAGGAGGAAUAUGAGGAAGACGAGGAAGAGGAGGAAGAAGUCAAGAAGUCACGCAGGAAGAUCCGCAAGAAGGCCAAGAAGAAGGCUAAAAUAGCAGAGAAGAUUGCUGGUUUGAGUGACGAACAGCGGGCUGACCUGAAGUCUCGUUAUGUAGCCAGACUAAAGGACCACUUAGAUAAGUACAACAGUCUGGAGCCCACCACUGGCACGGUUAAGACUUACACCAAAUACCAAGAAGACGAUCCAGUUGUUGUCUUCAUGCAGGAGUUUGAUGGUACAUCUGCUGGAGGGGAAAGAUGGGACUCAGAAUAUGACUGUAUAUACCUCGAUGCAGCUAUGGAUGGACUUGGUACAAAUGAGGAUGCAAUUAUACAUGUAAUCACAGCCCGAACUAACUCACAAAGACAGGAGCUGAAGAAAAAAUUCAAGACUGCUUAUGGCACAGACCUGGUUGAGCGCCUGAAAUCAGAACUGAGCGGAAACCUGAAGGAGUGUGUUAUGGCUCUGUUCGUGAGUCCGGAGGAGUAUGAUGCCUGGUGUGUGAGGAACGCUAUAUAUGGUUUAGGAACAGAUGACUCUGUUUUGUGCGAGAUCAUGUUUUCACGCACCAAUCCUCAGAUUAAAGCUAUGGUGGAGGCAUACAAAGAUGUUGCUUUCCCUGACCUGAAAGCCCCAGAGAAUGCACUAGAGGAAGACAUUGAAGGUGACACAUCUGGAGACUACAAACGUCUACUGAUAUCGGCAAGCCAGGGUAAUCGUGACAUUAUUGACCUUGGGAGCCUGGAGGAGGCUGUGGAGGAAGUGAAGAAUGAACUGGACAUGCCCACAGGAAUGUUUGCAGUCAACCAUGAUAAGUUGGUGAACGUGGGUAGGGCAGAGCGUGAUGCCAAGAAGUUAUUUGAAGCAGGUCAGGAUAGCUGGGGCACAGAUGAGGAGACCUUCAAUCGAAUCUUUUCCAUACGUGACCCGUACCAGCUCCGGAGGACUUACUCUGAAUACGUCAAGUUAUCCCAGUGUGACAUUGAGAAUGCAGUCGAUGAUGAAACGUCUGGGGAUUUCAAGAUGGCAUUAUACACUUUGGUAAUGUGUAUCAAGUUUCCUCCACGUUACUUUGCCAAGAGAUUGAUAAUGACGAUGAAAGGAUUGGGCACAGCAGACUCCGACCUCAUCAGGAUCAUCGUCUCCCGCUCUGAGAUCGACAUGGAGCAAAUCAAGGCUGCCUUCCUAGAGGAGACCAAACAGACACUUUGGAAUUGGAUUAACGACGACUGUAGUGGGGACUACAAAAAACUGCUCCAGGGCAUUGUGGGAAGAGACUAACUGACCUUUGAUAGGUCACCAAUCAUCAAGAACAUAAGUUUCUAAGGAGGAGGAUCAUUAAUUGACCUUCCAAUGAAAAAAAUUGAUUGACUGACCUUUAAUGAUGAGUGUAAUUUAGUUGACCUUUCAAUGUGAAUCUGUACAAAAUAUUCAUUUAUAUUUACCAGAUAUGCAAUAUGUAUGACAGUUCCCAAACUUUUAUUUAAAUCUGAGUAUUCUUUCUCAUAGUUUUAGAUUGGAUAUAUACAGCAAGUGAAUGGGACAAUCUUUAACCAAAUAUCGGCAAUUAAUUGAAAUUAUUCUGACACACAUUCCAUUAGAUGUUAGAAUUAACUCAUUCACACCUGAAGACACAUUUGAACUCUUCCAAUUCAAAGGUUGGAAUGGUUCAUUUUGAAAUUUCAGGGUUGAAUUAGUUAACUGUUGUUUGUAUUUUGUAAUCUAGCAGCACCAGUGUCAAGCCUGAAGUACCAACACCUGCACAUGUAUUCUUUAAGCAUUCUUUCUUUUAACGUAGAAAUUGAAUUUCAUCUUUUAGAUACUUUACUGUUUUUUAUUGUCCAAGUAUGUAAUGUAUAUGUAUUUCCUUUGCAUUUUUGAUUGCAAUUCAUUCUUUGACACUGCUGGGAUUGUAAGAUGCUAGCUGUGAGCGCCUCAAUUGCAGCACCGGCUGUAUGCUCCCCAGGAAGUUGCAAAAAAAGAUAUUGGCUGGUUGCAUUGCACAGGCCCAAUAAUGACGGAUAAUAAUCUGUGAACUGCUUCAAGAAGACCUACGACGUCCUAGAUUGUGAUAUAGGGGUAUAUAAGAAACUCAAAUUAUCAUUUUUACUAAAUGGAUAAAAAUUUAACUGCAGCAAAAAAAUGUCUGUAUACAGUAAUUAGUUUUGCAUUCACAUGCAAACUUUCAAAUUAAAAUCAACAUUAUGCUUUUUUUAAAAUUUAUAUUUUACUUAUUUUGUCUAUUUCACAUCUUUAUAUUUGAUCUAGUCAGUUGAAUUAUAAAAUUAACUACAAAUGAAAAAUUAUACAUAAAGUAUAUUGCUGAAGAGUCGGUUAAGGCCAAAAAUAUUUUUAAAUAACAUGUACAUGUAGGUGGAUGUUUUAGAUAUCUGAAUUAAGUCAAAGUUGCAAUGUUAUGAAAUUUGAAAAGAAAAUUCAAAAUGCACUUUUCAUAGAUCCUAUAUAAAUAUAUAUAUUGUCAGCAUUAU